AUGGUGGGAAGCAUAGACACAUUGGUGCACCCAAUUUGCAUUCCUGGAAAUUGUAUUGCUCAGUAUAUGCGCUCGGCUCUUCUUCAACGUCAGUGCCUUGGUCUGCGUGGCCCGAGUUGUCGAAAGGUGUCUCAACGCUCAAACGAGGGCAUGGGAAUCAUGGGUUUCAUGGGAAUGUCCUAUAUGUCGGAAAACUUGCCGCUGGCAUGUCUAUCGGCAGACAGGGAGGGAAUCACGAUGGAGGCAUACUGCCUGGCAUUGGGCCUUGCGCAGAGACGAAAGCCGUUAGAAAGCAUGUGGCGACGGGUGGUCUCUUCCAGCAGUGUAACUAUCGUGCCCACCACCCUAGAAUGGGUCGGUAGUGUCAUCAUCUUCCUCUUGUUCUACAUGAUUGGAUGCGUGUCAAAGGCGAUUGUCACUUAUCGUGGGCUCCCCAUGCCAGCCAACACUCUUGACUGGGUCUUCACAAUUGUAUUUUCAUCUUUAACAUACUGUCUUGAAAUGUACCAAGAUGAAGCUGCCUAUGCUUGGCCGUCCGUCUUCCAGACCAACUAUCAGCCUUCUCUCUAUUCAGUAACACUUAUAACCUCUUCCACUAUGAUCAUUUCUGGGUACUUUCUUGUCCUUCUUUGGAACUGGGUCCCCAAAAAGCCACCCACGGAGCUACCUUUGCCCCCUUCUCUUGACUAUAUCCAUUUCAUCAGCUGUAAAACCCUGCUGUGCUGCUUUACAACAUUUGGAGGCAUAUCCGCAACUUUCAAUCCCAUGCAGAGCUUUUUGAGACUAAUUCGGCGAUCCGUGCUUGUCUGUGUUGCCUUUACGUCUCGCUUUCUUAACGCGAUGUCAAUUACAAUCACAGCUUGGGGUUCCGUGUUACACCUCUUUAGGUCCCUUGGACAGGCGGCGUCCUCGGCGCUCAUUCGUGUUGGCUUCAUCCCUCUUUUCUGA